UUUUGAAUUGCCCGCCAAAUUAAGGUCACACUAGUCGUUUGUGGCAUGGUCACCCUUAGCGCUUGGAUAUGGCCACACUAGCAAGAAGUGAUCUCAGCUGAUCAGCUGUUUAUUCAAACAAUAUUUUUGUUUAGGCAACGACACAUUUUCACAAGAGCACAUUUUAUUAUCUACUUAGCGUAAAGCAAAUCUAAAACGAAAACCGCAAAACUCAACCACAAAACCAACCGCAAUCGGCAAUCCAUUGCCGCGGUCCGGAGUCGGUGCCAGAGACAGGCAGGCGUCAGUUGCAAUUUCGACAACGACAACGCCAAACGAACCGCAAAACACAACAGCAACAUCUUCAUUCUCAUCCACACCCACAACAAACACCCGCGCAAAAGUCAUGAGCAUUACUCCGCCUCCCCCCACUCCUGUCCGGACACUGAACACCCUGCUCAAUGUGCCCGAGCAGAUGGAACUGUGCCAAAUUGAGUUGAUCUAUCGGGCGGAGGGCAAUGCAAAUCUAGUACUGGCUUUGCCGCAAUUUAAAAAAGUUUUACGUUUGCCAAAAAUGAUAUUCAACAGACGCCGACAGUCGGAGUCAAACACGAAGUCCAAGUCCAAGUUGGAGUCGGAGAUGCAGACGAAUCCGCAUCCGGCUGGGGAGUCCAGUGUAUCCGCUGAAGCUGGCGACUUGACAAUGCCGGAUUUUAUGGCUUAUAUCGAGAUAAUGCGCCGUCUAUUAGGAAAUGAGUUUGUCUGCGAAGCGGAUAUUGUUGCUAUACCAAAGGAAGAUGAUAGAUUCUGGAUAAAUGAGCACAUACGCCACCAUAGACCGGUUUCGCGUCUGGAUAAGGAAUUUGUGGGGCCAUUCGGUCUGCUGCUGCCAGAUGUGACCCAAUUGCCUGCCACGUUCGAUGUUUUACUUGCCAAUUUACAGGCAACAGACGAAGCAAUAGUACGAGGUGAAGCCAUCGCCGGAGUUCGUCGUCUGGGCCAUACAUAUGCCAUCGAAAUAAAACCCAAACAGGGCUGGCUACAGUUUGCAAGUGAUGUCAACGAUUUAUUUGAUUUAAUGCCAACAGAAGCGAAAGCAACAACAACAGAACACCAGACGACACGAAAGGACGAAGGGGAGAGCAAUGAAACGGGACAAGGGCAAGAGAUGAAGCCCAUUCUGGACAAGGGCAGGUGCAAGUGUCGUUAUUGUAGCAUGCAGGUUUUGAAGCUAAGCAAAGGAAAAAUCAAACAGUUGAGCGGCUACUGUCCCAUGGACUUGUUUUCCGGUGCACCCGGUCGUAUGCUUGAUGCCUUGAAUGCACUUUUCGCCUGCCCGCAAAAUAACUUACGUGUAUUCCAGAACGGCAAUUUAAUUUAUGGCGAUCAUGCGAAUUCGAUUUCCUGUGAACAAUUGUAUUCACAGGUUUUUCCCGGCGAAAUUAUGGUGCUUAUAAAACAUUUGCUGGUUGCCUGCCUUCUCAGGGAAUACAGUGUGGAGCAGCGGGAGAAGGAGCAGGAAAAGAAGGAGUAUGCCAACCAAUGCCAAAGAGAAAGCCAAACCCAGACCCAGAGCCAAAGCCACGUUGCAAUUGGGCAAGUGAAGACAAAAGGUUUAGCUGGUGAAAUUGGCGCCGCUAAUGUUGCCAUGACAGAGUUAGCGAAAAGGCAAGUGGAGGGGGACGAUGGAGAGACGGUAGAGGUUGAUUCUGUCAAUUCUGGUCAAUCCUCGAGAAGGACAAGAGAAGCAGCUGGUGAAACAGCAACGACCCAAAGGUACACAAAACGUUGCCGACUAGAAACAGCAACAAAAACAACGGAAACAAAAACGGAAACACGGCCAACUCGGAGUCCAAAACUGAAAGAGAAUCAGAAUCAGAAUCAAACUCAAGCACAAGUCAACAGAGCAGAAAGACUGGGUCUGCAAAAAAAUUGUGUGUUGCAAAAAAUUUUGCAUUUACAAUUGCUGGUAAAGCAACACUUUGAUUAUAUGUGGCAGGCCAACUACUCGACGCAUUCGCAACGUAGCUAUAAAGCUUUGAGAGAACUGCUGCCCCUAAUCGAAGCCAUUAAAUUGGAGGAGCUGCAGCCGGAGCAGGCUUAUAUGCUGGGUGCCACUGCCUUGGACUGCUCGAUAAUGUUGACAUUUCAGGAAAUCGAAUGUCAGGAUAACAAAGACAACGAAAAAGGUUCCCCCGUGCUGUGUCCCGCACUGGGACUGGUUACUGUGCUGGGUCAUCAGUUUCUCACCAAGCUCACUGUUUUGGAUUUGGAUCCCAAGCCUGAUAGUCACUUUCAUAAAUUCAUAGAGCAGACACGUGAAAUUGAAAAGUGCUGCCAAGCAUUAAAUUAAUUAAU